CCCCAAUCUCUCCGCUUGCGCCCGCACUCUCAAUCCAGCAACCGCCGCCUUCGCAGCUGCGUCCGCUGCCUCCCCGGGAAAUUUGCCUGCGCUUUUCGCUGUCUCCGGCAGAAAAACGGGGGUUCAUGCCUCGACAUAGGUAAUCGCAAGACCAUCAUCCAUCCAAAAUUCGUCCCAGAUACAACGACACGUCCCCCCAACCUCCGGCAUCGAUCAUCGUCAUCGCAUCAGCCACCCGCACCCAUUGUGCUGGCAGUGCUACCUUGGGGACCUGCUACCUACCCAGCGCACAGGCUCCGCUCGUUGCUGACACAGCACCUCGUUGCGCGCACCUCCUCCCAGACUCGGCCGACUUGCGCCCGCAACACCAGCUCUUCUAGAAGCCGAACUCCCAGGGAAGCCUCUGCGAACCACACGCGAGCGCCCGCGAGCCUGACGCUGCACUGCGCCCGAGUCUUGGCCUCCGUCCGGAUAUCUUCUUGCCAUUGCCAUUGUCUCCUUCGUCUGCAACGCCUCGGCGCGGUCCCCUCCCCGCCCCCCCUGCCUAUUGCGCGCCCCCGCCCACCUCCUCGUCGCCUCCGAACGGGCAGCUGCGCACAGUGGAUAUGAGCGCACUCGGCCGCGACGCCUGAGCUUCCUAGACCGUCCCGAACCCUCCGCUGCGCAUUCGGCACACAGAGUCAAUGGGUGCCCGCGUCGUUCCAGUCUCCGCGCCAGCCGCCAGCAUGUCCUCGACCGGCCACGGGGGUGAUUCCAUGGACAUCACCUCCCCGUCCAACAAGAUGUCUCCCACGAACAAUGAACCCAACGGAAAGCCCGUCGCGCAGGCGCAGGCCAGCAACUCGUCGCCACCCGAGCAAUCUCCAUCGGGCUCCUCGAGCAUGCCAGCCCCUCCGCCUGCUGCUGCCGCCGUGCACCAGCCAAAGAUUGUCCAAACCGCCUUUAUACACAAGCUUUAUAACAUGCUCGAGGACAAUAGCAUCCAGCACUUGAUAUCGUGGUCUGCCAAUGCCGAGAGCUUCGUAAUGUCCCCCUCGGCCGACUUUUCCAAGGUCUUAUCGCAAUACUUCAAACACACCAACAUCUCAUCGUUCGUUCGCCAGUUGAACAUGUAUGGAUUUCACAAAGAACGCGACGUCUUUCACACGGGAAACCCAGAUACCACGCUGUGGGAAUUCAAGCAUGGAAAUGGAAACUUCAAACGGGGUGACCUGAUGGGUCUGCGCGAGAUCAAACGCCGCGCAAGUCGACAUGCGCUCGUUCACAGGGAAAGCAACUAUCCCAAGCAGUCCUCGUCGCAGCCCGGCACGCCGGCCGAGCCGGCUCCGCCACCAGCCGAAGGUUCGGAGGCGAGGCUGGCCCACCUCGAGCACUCCCUUUAUGACUUGAGCAGUCGCCUUCAGCGCAGCGAAGAAAACGCUCAUUAUAUGCAUGUCAAGAACCAAGCGGCCAUGGACACAAUCAACAGACUGCUCCACUUCAAUCAGGAACUCUCACGAGCAGUCCUGUCACUCGUCCCGGCCGAGAGCCCCGCGCACCGUGAUGUUGUGGCAUUGCAAGGCGAGAUGCAAAGACAGUCCGACGUGUUGCGAACAUUUGACGAAUCGCAUGAAGCACCGUAUACCAGCAGACAACAGUACUUCGGCACAGUCGAAAACGCGCCUGUGUCGCCCAGGCAGCUGCCGCAGGACGAUGCCAGGCGGCAAGGGGGUCUCACGGUGCCACAGCCUCGCGGCCAGCCACUUUACCGGCCAACGGUGCCGUCCAGCCUAUCUAUUGGCGCGCGACGUUAUGGCUCCAUUGGCGGCGGGAGUACAACACAGUCGUCGCCACUGCGAAAUGCCGCGCCCCCGCCGCCUCCGGCUCCGCAUCCCCUCUCCAACGUGGAACCACAUCCCGCCAGCCUCGGCCGACGACAUACCGCUGCCGACAUUCGCGCACAUGGCUGGCAACCGGGUCCCUCUCCGUUCUCGGCGUCGAACCCGCCGUCAGCUCCCUGGCCUUCGUCCCCCAGUCGCGUGCCUCAAGAGGAUCAGAGGAUACGGGAAUCCUUGUCCACAUACUCGCUGCAGGCGGCAUCGCAUCCACACUCACUGUCUCGCCCAACCACUCCACCACCAGGGCCUCAUGUCGCAAAUGGAGGAGGCAACAACGGAGCGGACACCUUCGGCACGUGGUCCUGGGGCGCGGCAGUUAACAGAGAUGGGAAAGGACUAGGACUCAAGGACUCAUCGGCACCUCCGACGCGGAGGGGUAGCAUGGCCCAUAUUCUGAACCCCAGCGAUACGGCCGAACGAUCCGACGAGGACGAGGACCCGCGAGGAGACGAUGAUCGGAAACGGAAACGGAUGCAAUAGUCGUCGUGUCUCUUCCAGAUGGCACCAAGCCAGGGUGGCGCACGAGGGUCAAAAAUAUAGCUACGAUCGGGGCGUCGACGUGGAUCUCAUAGCUUGAAGCGGCUGCGAUUUUUUUGGUUUUGUUUUGGAUACUCCACUCGCGAGACGUGCUUUGGUGCUGUCUCGGUACCCAGGAUGCGUUGGAAAAAGGAUAUAUUUACAAGCACAAUCACGAUGACAUACGGGUCAAGGUAGGCUCGAGUUGGACGAGAGAAAGACCAUCUAUCCAUCGCUGGCCUGGUCGCCGUCUUGGGGCGGGGCGGAGGAGCCUAGGGUGGCAAGUGUUUUGCAGGUAUGGCUCCGGGGAGGCGGUCCGUCGGUUGGGGCGCCUGGAUGCGCUCUGUAUCGCCUCUCGCUUAAUAUGCCGGCCGGGUCCUCUUAUGGAGCGAUUCAGGUUGCAGGGCGCAAAAUUGAAUCGUAUUGAGGAUCACCAAGAACACACGCGCCGCUCUGCUCUGGUGGUGAAUGUGGCAAUCGACCGCGGUGCGAUGUGAGUAAUGUCAGAGAUGACGUUUUACCUCGGGACAUAUGUUCAUGGCUCUGACUCUCCAUUUUUUCUCUUACUUUUCCCCUUGUUCUUCUCCUUCUUCUUUCUCUUGACCUCGCUCUUGUAUCCCUGCGCUAUGGGUGCGUCAAUGGGCAGGCUCUCGCUUAGAGCCACAACGGUACCGCCAGAGCCCGGCUGCCUUUCCCCAGCGGAGUAGGACUCAUCCGGUGCAGCGUCUCGCGCCGCCUUCGCAGCCUCGGCGUCGGGCUGUGGCGGCUCUCUACGCGGGCGCUUCCGCUUGCCAAGCGCGGUGCGCCCCUCAUCUUCAUCGCUCUCGCUCUCGACGGUCGCCCUGUGUCGCCCGGCCGCUCGAGCGCCAGCAGCACCAGCAUUGGCAGUCGCGCCGCCGCCGUGCCUCCCUUGCAGCCUACCCCUGAGCAUGCGGUCCGCUUUGCUGUUGCCCGUGACCACCGGCAAGGUGCCCGCGGCGGUCUUCUUGUCCGGGACGUAGCCGGCGCCGGCGUUGGGGUUGGCGCCAGCGACGAGGCGGUCGUCGUCGUCGUCGUCGUCAUCGUUGGCGUUGGCGUUGACGGUGUUUUUUUGCGCGGGUCCCCUUCUUGCGGCAGCGAGUUGCU